UUCUGAACGCUGAUCGGUGCGUCCGCAAAGACACGGUUAUAAAGAUGGCGGCGCAUUGAAACAAUCUAGGUAUUCUUACAAAUAUUACUACUUGUGAACAAGCUGGGGACAAAAACGUUUAUGAGACGUUUUGAAUUCUUUUGAAUCUUCAUAGCUAGCAGUAGUUGUGACCAGGUUUCACAAAAACAAGUGUUUAAAAGUCGGUAACGCGUUUUUUGCAUCAACGGAUAAGCUCUGUCAUGGGCAUACUAGCCUCAGCUGCUGUGACCGAGAUUUGCAAGUUAGUGGACGAUUGCUGUGGAGCGUUACGUGUAGAAGUCUCUCAAAGCAAGGAGCAAAUCCUAUUGCUAGAGAAGCAACUCAGCCUGGCGGAGUCGAGGUACAGGUCUGUGAGUGGCAAAGGGCUGCCUGUCACCGGCGACUCACCAAUAAUCAACAGUUCUUCGGGCGAUUCACCCGCGGCGAAUACCGAUGAUGCGGGCAACGCUGACGAAGACGAAGUUAACAAUCUUGAGGUGGACGGUGUCAAUGCCAAUCAGCACGCUCCGUGGAAAGAGUAUUCCACAGCACCAACUGAUGAGGCUGGGCCCCCCACACUGACCCCUGGCUCCAUAGUCAGUUCCAAUGAGAACACUGGGCCCCCCGCAAUGACCCCUGACCCCAUAGUCAGUUCCAGUGACAUACCCAGAAAGCAACAUAUUACCAGUUUCCGAGUUGGUGAAACUCCCAAGAUACAACCGUGCACCACGUGCUGUUCCCUCUACCACUGCCCCUUCUGCCGACCGUCUGCGUUCAAACCCAACGAGUUACACCGGAUCAUCCCACACAUCCAGAGCCACCUGAAAAGUGCAGUUCAGAAUGACGAGUACAUCGUCUACAACUGCAAACUGACGUGCAGAGACUACCCUCACUACCACUGCAGCUAUUGUGACCAUGUACUCUGCAGAAAAGCGUUGUUUAUAGAACAUUUCAGAGCUUGCAGAAAGCGGAACGGGACUCAAAGACCUGCCCGUGUCCAAGCUCAAUCUCCAUCUGUUGCUCCGCCCCUCCAGCAACAUCCCUCUCCAGCCCAGAGACCUCUCGCCCCUGCAACAUCCACACCUGUUCUGCCUCUCACAUCUAUACCUGCCGUCCCUUCAAGCUCCAGACCUGCCACCCCUCCGAGCUUACCAGUCGCUCUUCAAACUCUAAACACAGACACACCUCCAAUGGAAYAACCAGAUGCUUCUGCCAGUCACAAUCCGGUCACACGCCAGGAUUCGGAACCCUCCUCGCCCGAAGUGUAUAGCUGCCCUCCGACYCCGCAGAUUGAGACCGAGAGACCMCAAAGACCUUCCCAAAGGGACNCAGUUCCUGUGCAGACUCAGUGUGACCACUGCGGCAUCAUCCUGAACAAGAAGAACUUCAAAGUUCACAUGAAGAGGAAACACCAUGAAGAGUACAUCGCUGCAGAGAACGAGGAGGCCCUGAGGAGAUACCUGGCCGAAUCCAAGAUGGACGUGCCACCCUGGUGCCGUGCCACCAAGGUCCAGUGCGAUCUCUGRGGAAUCAGGCUGAACAAGAAGAAUUUCAAGAACCACAUGAAGAGGAAACACAAGGUGAACGUGACGGCGUCGGCCUUCCAGGAAGCUUUCGACAGGUGCCUGGGCGAGCAAGGCCUGUUGGUGGUCGAGAGCUCGUUGCCCGGCUACACUUAUACUAGGACGCAGGAAAGAGGAAGGCGGAGGGAAGAGCAUGACGAUGACCUCUUUCCAGACAUCGACAUGGAAGAAGAACAAAGCGACAGGUUCCCGGACGCCGGCGCACUACUGGCCCAGGAAACGGACCUGGCGACCCAGCAGUUGCAAGGCGAGAGAGUGCUGACUGGAAUGAAUCCCCAGAGGUACCAUGGUCUGGGGAAACCUCAUCUCCUGGAGCUUCCUCUGGAGUCGCUGGUGUGGAUCUUCCGGGACGUACUGCGUGUGGAUGGGAAGAGAGGCUACUGGAACCUGUCUCUGG